AUGAUGGAUCAUAUAAAUUAUUUGAGCUUGCUAAAAAUGAACAUAGGACAGAACCUUCAGCCUGACGGAUUUCAACCGGAAUCUCUAAGGUCUGAUCCUUUAACAAGGGAACAUAAUAACCAAUCGAGAGAAUCAAAUUCGAAUUAUAUUUUUAAAAAUAUCCAUCAAUACGAACAAGAAGAGAAAGUAGUAAAUAAUAUCAAUGGACCACUAUAUGCAGAUUCGACAGCAUUAAACAGCGUUAUGAGUGACCAACAGUCACAUGCCCCAAAUCAAAAUCUUUUAUCAGAUACUGGUCUUCAUACACGUACUAGUGUCACAAACACUACUGGUGUAACCGGACUAUCUGGAAUAGCUGGCAUAGCUGCGGCAGCUGCAAAUCAACAGGGAAAGCCACUUAAUUUAGCUGCUCUUACUUUGGCUGCUCAGUCUGUUGCUGCCAAGAAGAGAGCUGGAGCUAGAGCACAAGCCGCUAAUACGAGACCAGAGCGUACUUUGUUCUGCUUAACACUUAGGAAUUCUUUGAGAAAAGUGUGCAUAAAAAUUGGAGAAUGGAAACCAUUUGAAUACCUUAUUCUUCUUACAAUAAUGGCUAACUGUUGUGCACUUGGUGCCAUAACACCAUAUCCUGAUGGGGAUUCAAAUACUCUCAAUCACAUACUGGAAAAAAUUGAAAAUGUAUUUAUAGUUAUCUUUACUGUGGAAUGUGUUUUAAAAAUUAUAGCUUUUGGUUUUGUUAUGCAUCCAGGAGCAUAUUUACGUAAUGCAUGGAAUAUACUUGAUUUUACUAUAGUUAUCUUAGGACUUUUACAACCACUUAUUCAACAAAUGGUUGAACAAUCUGGUGUAGAUGUUAAAGCACUUCGUGCUUUCAGAGUAUUGAGACCAUUACGUCUAGUAUCUGGUUUACCAAGCUUACAAGUUGUAUUGAAUUCUAUCAUGCGUGCUAUGGUACCUCUUUUACAUAUUGCAUUAUUAGUUAUCUUUGUAAUCAUUAUUUAUGCAAUUGUUGGCUUAGAAUUAUUCUCUGGUAAAUUGCAUGCUACAUGUUAUGAUUUUUUAACAGGUGAAAUAGAAGAUAAUCCAUCACCAUGUAGUUUAAAUCAACGUGGUGCAUUGUGUACAGGUUCAACAAUUUGUUAUGAUUUUAAAUUGGAUAUGAGUUAUGCAGCUGUUGCUGAAAGAAAACAAUUAGCUGAAGCAAUUUUAGCUGGUAAUAUUACACCACCAUUACCACAACCAGAAAGAUGGGUUGGACCAAAUUAUGGUAUAACUAAUUUUGAUAAUUUUGGUUUAUCUAUGCUAACUGUAUUUCAAUGUAUUACUAUGGAAGGUUGGACACAAGUUUUAUACUGGGUUAAUGACUCACAGGGGAUGCUAUAUCCAUGGAUUUACUUUAUCAGUAUGAUCAUUAUAGGAUCAUUUUUUGUUAUGAACUUAGUACUGGGUGUUUUAAGCGGAGAGUUUUCAAAAGAACGAGAAAAAGCUAAAAAACGUGGUAAAUAUCAGAAAGCUAGGGAACAGAUGCAAUUUGAAGAAGAUGUACAAGGUUACUUAGAUUGGAUUAGUGCAGCUGAAGAUAUUAGUGAUGAUGAAGAAACUACGAAUAAAGAAGAUGAAAAAGAAAAAAAAUUUCAUUGGUGUGCUGCAUGUCGAACCACCUCAUCUUCAGCUACUGAUGACUUCGAAGAGGAAGAGGAAGAUCCAUCUGAACAUGGACUGGAUGAUGGCGGUGGUGGACAUCGUAGUCAGUCAUCAUCACAACAACAUCAGUAUUUUUUCUGUAUUCCAUUGAAAGGAAGGCGAUCACGGCGGUGGAACCGUCGUUGUCGACGUUCUUGUCGUCGGCUUGUUAAAUCUCAGACAUUUUACUGGAUAGUUAUAGUCCUUGUUUUUUUAAAUACUGGUGUUCUCACUUCAGAGCAUUAUGGACAACCACUGUGGCUUGACGAUUUUCAAGAUAUGGCCAAUAUUGUAUUUGUUGUCCUGUUUUCUAUUGAAAUGUUAAUUAAAAUGUAUAGUUUAGGAAUACGAUGUUAUUUUGAUUUUAUGUUUAAUCGAUUUGAUUUUUUUGUUGUUAUAUGUAGUAUUAUUGAAGUUGUUCUAAUACAAACUAAAGUUAUGCCACCAUUAGGUGUAUCUGUAUUACGUUGUGCACGUUUAUUACGUGUAUUUAAAGUAACCAGAUAUUGGAGUAGCUUACGUAAUUUAGUUGGUUCAUUAUUAGCUAGUUUAAAAUCAAUUGUUAGUUUAUUAGUUCUAUUAUUUUUAUUCAUUGUAAUAUUUGCAUUACUUGGUAUGCAAUUAUUUGGUGGAAGAUUUAAUUUUCCUAGAGAAGAAAAGCCAAGAUCAAAUUUUGAUAGUUUUUAUCAAUCAUUAAUAACAGUUUUUCAAAUUUUAACUAGUGAAGAUUGGAAUGAAGCUAUGUAUAAUGGAAUUCGUUCAUAUUCGAAUAGUCGUGUUGGUAUUAUGGUCUGUUUGUACUAUGUUAUACUUUUUAUUUGUGGAAAUUAUAUACUUCUCAAUGUCUUUUUGGCUAUUGCUGUUGAUAAUUUGGCUGAUACUGGUCAAAUAGAAGAGAAAAAAGAAGAGACAGAUAAUGGUGAUAAAUCAAAUAAUAAUGAAAAUGAAGUUACCAGAAGUGAAGAUAUAAUUGAAGGAGAAAGAGAUAAAGAUAAUAGAAUUUAUCAAUCAAUAGAUGAUCGUAAAACAUCUACUACUACAACUACAAUUAUCAAUACAGAAAGUAAAUUAACUGAAGUACAUCAUGAAUUUAAUGAUGUUACACAAUUAUUAGAUCAGUUAAAUUUAGAUCCAAUCAAUGAAGAAGGUGAUGCUGAUCGACGCUUAUUUGAUCGAGAAGAUAAACGAAGAACAGAUGAUAUGGAUGAUGAUGGUGAUGAUUUAAAAGAAGAUCAAAGUAGAGAUAGUCAUGAUGAUAAUGAUAAUGAUGAUGAUAGAAGUGUAGAUGAAAAUGAUAAAAUGAAAGAUACAACUAGUUCUAGACGUCAUUCAGAAAUUAGUUCAACAAAGAAAAUAAAACCAAUACCAAAUGCAUCUUCAUUUUUUAUAUUUAAUCCAACUAAUCCAUUUCGUGUAGCAUGCCAUGAAGUUUGCAAUCACAGUUAUUUCAAUAACAUUGUACUUGUAUGUAUCUUAGUUAGUAGUGCAAUGCUUGCAGCAGAAGAUCCAUUAGAUGCAUCAUCUGCACGUAAUCAGAUUUUGAACUACUUUGAUUAUUUUUUCACUUCUGUGUUUACAGUGGAGAUUACUCUGAAGAUAAUUACUUAUGGUCUGGUAUUACAUAAGGGAGCAUUUUGUCGAAGCGCAAAUAAUAUGUUGGAUUUUAUGGUAGUUCUUACAUCAAUUAUUUCUUAUCCAAUUGAUAUUGAUACAAUAUCUGUGGUUAAAAUACUUCGAGUCUCUAGAGUUUUACGACCUUUAAGAGCAAUUAAUAGAGCAAAAGGUUUGAAACAUGUCGUCCAAUGUGUUGUAGUUGCUGUAAAAAGUAUUGGUAAAAUAAUGAUGGUUACCUUUUUGCUUGAAUUUAUGUUUGCUGUUAUUGGUGUACAACUAUUUGCAGGAAAAUUUCAUUCUUGUACAGAUAGUUCACGUCUUGUACCAAGUCAAUGUCAUGGUCAAUACAUCACAUAUGAAUUGGGCGAUAUAAGUCGACCUGUAGUCUUAGCACGUGUAUGGUUAAAUAAUCCAUUGAAUUUUGACAAUGUACCAAAUGCUAUGUUAACUUUAUUUGCUGUGUCAACAUUUGAAGGUUGGCCUGGUCUUCUUUAUAGAUCUAUUGAUUCAUAUGCUGAAGAUUAUGGAAGUGUUUAUAAUAAUAGACCAAUAGUUGUUAUCUUCUAUGUAGCUUAUAUUAUUGUAAUAGCAUUUUUUAUGAUUAAUAUAUUUGUUGGUUUUGUUAUUGUAACAUUUCAACAAGAAGGUGAACAAGAAUAUAGAAAUUGUGAACUAGAUAAAAAUCAACGUAAAUGUAUUGAAUUUGCAUUGAAAGCUAGACCAGUGAAACGUUAUAUACCAAAAGAAAAUUUUCAAUAUCGUAUAUGGUGGUUUAUUACAUCACAACCAUUUGAAUAUUGCAUUUUUAUUUUUAUAUUAAUUAAUACAAUCUCAUUGGCAAUGAAAGUUGAAGGACAACCAAAUGCUUAUGCAGAUGCAUUAGACUAUUUAAAUAUGAUAUUUACUGGUGUAUUUACUGUGGAGUUCGUGCUCAAGUUAACAGCUUUUGGUUUUAAGAAUUAUUUUAGUGAUCCAUGGAAUGUAUUCGAUUUCAUUAUUGUUGUUGGUAGUUUCGUUGAUAUUAAUAUGUCACAUCUUGCGGCAAAUUCAAAAUUUAUCAGUAUUAAUUUCUUUCGUUUAUUUCGUGUAAUGCGAUUGGUUAAAUUAUUAAAUCGUGGAGAAGGUAUCCGGACACUUCUAUGGACAUUUGUGAAAUCAUUUCAGGCAUUACCCUACGUUGCUCUAUUAAUCAUCAUGUUAUUUUUUAUAUACGCUGUAAUUGGAAUGCAAAUGUUUGGUAAAAUUGCAUUAAUCAAUCCAGAUAGUUCAAUAAAUCGUAAUAAUAAUUUUCAAACAUUUCCACAAUCUUUAUUAGUACUAUUUCGUUCUGCAACUGGUGAAGCUUGGCAAGAAAUAAUGUUAAGCUGUGUUAACGAUCACACUGUCAAAUGUGAUAGAUUUUCGGAUACUGAAAUGAAAGCCAUACGAAGUUUUUUAGAUGAACAACAACAUAUUAUUUUAACGAACACUUCAUCAACACAACAUAUUCUUGUAAAACAAAAUGGUAACAUUUCAACGGAAUCCUCAACACAUUUUCUAACGUCUAUAGAUGAUGUAACAGAAUAUAAUCAACCUUCAGUGUCACUUUAUAGUCAUGAACGUGAUAACCAUUCCAUAUGGGAUGCAUUGAACAAUGGAUUGAUAGAUAAUAAUCAUAAUUCUUUAUUUGCUUAUUCACAUCCUUCCAAUUUACUAGCAGUAGAAAAUCCUACAAUAGAAAAAGAAUGGUCUUCUUCAUUUCCAUCGGUUGAAAACAUACAUCCACCAGAUGAUGUUAUUUAUUCACCAGAUUUUGUAACUAGAUAUAGACAAAGUAGGGAAAUUAAUGAUCAAAAUGCAACUGUUUCUUCCAUUUCAACACAACUAUCAUUGUCUUCAUCAUUAAAACCAGUUCAUAUCCAACCUAUGCAUUCAUCUGUUGAAGAGCUUGAUGAAAGAACUAUUAGUUUGAAGAAGUUAGAUGAAUUAGGAUACAAUGGACCUCGUGCAACUUGUGGAUCAAAUUUUGCCUAUCCAUAUUUUAUUUCUUUCUAUAUGGUUUGUUCCUUCCUUAUUAUCAACUUAUUUGUUGCUGUUAUAAUGGAUAACUUUGAUUAUUUAACACGGGAUUGGUCAAUAUUAGGUCCACAUCAUUUAGAUGAAUUUAUACGUUUAUGGUCAGAAUAUGAUCCUGAAGCAAAAGGAAGAAUUAAACAUCUUGAUGUAGUUACUCUUCUUCGUAAAAUAUCUCCUCCAUUAGGAUUUGGUAAAUUAUGUCCUCAUCGUACUGCAUGUGUAACUUUAGUACGUAUGAACAUGCCCUUGAAUAGUGAUGGAACUGUAAUGUUUAAUGCAACACUAUUUGCUUUAGUUAGAACUAAUUUAAAAAUAAAAACUGAAGGUGCUGCAAUUGAUCAAUUGAAUGAAGAGCUUCGUGCUGUAAUUAAAAAAAUAUGGAAAAGAACAAGUAACAAACUAUUAGAUCAACUUGUUCCUCCAGCAGGUGGUAAUAAUGAUGUAACAGUUGGUAAAUUUUAUGCAACAUUUUUAAUACAAGAAUGGUUUCGUAGAUGGAAACAAAAAAAAGCUGAAGAACAAAAAGCUUUAUUACAUGGACAGGGGAAAAGACAUUCAAUAAUGCCAUUCAAAAGUUUUGGAAAGCCAACAACUGGCCCUCUUGAAACACAAAAUACUUCAAUGAAUAUUUUAUUACCUCCAUCUGAAGAAACAAGUAAACGUGGAAGUUCUGGUAGCCUAGGUGAUGGUGAUACGCAUCAUAGUUUAUUAGACUCUGUGAAAAAUGUUAUACAUCGAGUAGGUAGCUCAAGGCGUCAUUCAGAAAUUUCACAAUGUAAUGAACGUGAAAAGAUAUUACAUUCAUAUAAACCUUCAUUAGAGUCAAUAGAUAAAAAGUUAUCAAUGAUAUCUAAUGAUCAUUUACAAUCAAAUCAAACAACAAAGUUGAACACUUCAAAGUUAUUGAUUCCUGAUCAUUUAAAUUCUACAGCACAAAGGAUAAUGUUACCAACAAUUAGUCAAGGUAGUCAUGAAGAUGAAGAUAUUGACAAUGGUGAAAUUGGAGGUUUGAAUAAAUUAAUGAAUGGAAACAUUAUGAACAUAGAGAAGUUUAAUACCUCUAAUGGCAAAUAUCAUUCUAUUAAUCCAAGCAAAAGAAUUGAAAAUGGAUACACGGUUAAUGGUUUACCACAAAAACAAUAUCCAUUAAAAACAACUGAUUGGAAUACUACUAUUUAUACGGAUAGAAAUAAUCCUAAAAAUCGACCUUUAAUACAUGGAUCAAAUUCUGCAUUAUGUAAAUUGACAGACUUUUCAGAUGUUCCUUAUACACAUGAUCCAGUUCUAUCUAUUUCAUCUUUAUAUAAAUCAAAUAAAUAUAAUAAAUCAAAAUCUAUUAAUCUUAUAAAUGAACUUCAAAAUGAAGGAAACGAUUUAACUAAUUUAAUUACUCUACAUGAUAAUAUAAAUGAACGAAAUAGUAGAUCUGAUGAUAUUGAAGAAGCAGAAGAAGCAGAAGAUGAUGAUGAUGAUGAUGAUGAUGAAGAGGAUUUAUUUACAACAAUAAGAAGUGAAACACCUAGUCCAGCACCAUCUAUUGCUGCAGCUAUUCUUCGACCAAAUUAUUAUCCUAAUUUAUUAGAAAAUAAAUCAAUAAAACAUAGGAAUACAAUUAAUCCUUUAGAUUUUACAGUUUAUACUAGUAUACCAAGAAAUUUAAUUAUGAAUAAAUUAAUGAAUAAAUAUGGGAAUACUAGUGGAUAUUCUAAUGGUACAGUUAAUAAAGAUUUGGAAGAAUUAUUGGAUUUACCUAAGACAAUGUGGACCGCUUGUUUACCAGAUGUCCAGCCAGUAAAUGGAAAUUCUCACUCUACUCGAGGUCUUAAAAAUUACAAACGUCAACUACCUCAAAUACCUUCAGAGGUUAAUAAAACAGAUGCUAGAGAUACUUCUGACCUUUGUCAAAUAUCCACGUCUACGGGAAUAAAAGGAAGGGAUUCUCUAUUAUCAGAUGUCUUGAAGAUGAAUACUACAAAAUCCGGUCUUAUGCGUACACCACAAACGAAUGAAAAGUCUCAAAUCAAUGAGGAUAUUUCUGUCAUUCCAUAUCAACCACCAUCAAUUGAUCCACAUGGGCCUGCACCUAAUCCUCCUGUAUAUUGUUCAUCAUUUACUGAACCCAUUAUGUGGUCCCCAAGGCAUGAUAUGGAAGCUACUGGAAUUAAUAGAGAAUUAUCUCAAAUUUAUUUAAAACAACCUACAACUCCACGACAAAACUGGUUAAAUCAGCUUGUUAUUAAUGAUUUAAAUGAAUCUGAUUUAAUUAUGAAUUAUAAAUCGAUUGAAGAUGAUUGGACACAUCUUGAUCUUCCAUUACAACAUUUAGCACCAUCAUCAUCAUCACCACCACCUCCACCAGCACCUAAACCAAUUUUAUUAAAUAUUAAUGAAGAUUUAUCUAAAUUCAAUUAUUAG